ACUUUUCAUGUUGACUCUAUUGCAAUGAUAGUAUAAUUUAACCAAACCUCUAUGUUCCAUCAUCCUUAACCUCUUGUUCUUCUUUCUCUUGUUCCUUGUUCCCAACAUAAUGGAUAAUCAUUUUCCUAUUUUGCUCAUAAUUACACAUAUCUCUUUCUUCUUCUUAAUAACCACUUCCCACUCUCAACCUCAACCAGUUCACAAUUUUUCAAGUUGUAAACACAUCAUGAGCUCCUACAACUGUGGAAAUAUUUCCAACAUCUCUUAUCCAUUUUGGGGACAAAAUCGUCCUUUUCAAUGUGGGGCUGGCAACCCUUUUUACCUUAACUGCCACAACAACAACACCACCACCAUUCUCUUAUCCUCACAAAAUUUCACAGUACUUGAUAUAAACAGCAAAGACCACAUCAUCAAACUCAAAAGAACAGACCUUGAUCAAAAUCUAUGUUCUCCUAAAUUUAAUGAUACUUAUUUGUUUCCACCUUUGUUUCAAUAUCCCCAAAAUGUUAAAAACCUUUCCAUAUACUACAAUUGUACUUCCACUAUCUCUCAAGAUUUAGCAGAAAAUUCUGUUUGUGGAUCUCACUAUCCUUCUUUUGGCUAUGUCGGAAAUGAAGAUAAGUUGUUUGAAGAAGAUAAGUUGUUUGAAGAAGAUCCGUCUCUGAGAUGUCAGAAACAUAUCAAAGUGCCGGUAGGAUCAUAUUUUCUUCUGGAGGCGGAUUAUUUUGAGCGUGGUAAACUUGAAAGAGUAUUAAAUGAUGGGUUCGAGGUGACGUAUAAUGUGAAUGAAGAAUGUUUAAGCUGCCUUGGAAGUGAAGGAGGAGAUUGUUUGAGCGAUUCUAUUGAUAAUCAUAUUGGGUUAUGCUAUUAUGAUAAUUUAACUGAUGCAUCUAUUGCUUCUUCCACAGAUCUUUCUUCUGAUGAAAAAAUUACAAUAAAUUGGAAGAGGAAACUCGUUGUUGGCGUUGCUUCAGGUGUGUUAGGAUCAUUUGUAGUGAUCAGUGCCAUAUAUUUCUAUCAGCGCCGAAAGACUAAAUCAUACUUAAAGUCUCACAGCCUCCCUUAUGUUUCGUCUUCAACGGAUCUUGAGUGGGGAAGUCAACACUUUGGGGUGCAACUUUUUACUUAUAGUGAGCUUGAAGAAGCCACAAACCACUUUGAUCCAUCGAAUGGACUGGGAAAAGGGGGCUUUGGAACAGUGUAUUUUGGAAAAUUGAAGGAUGGGCGUAGUGUUGCUGUAAAGAGGUUACAUGAGAACAGUUAUAGAAGAGUUCAGCAAUUCAUGAAUGAAGUUGAAAUCCUGGCUAGAUUAGUCCACCCAAAUCUUGUGUCGCUAUAUGGAUGCACGUCAAACCACAGCCGCGAACUUCUGCUUGCCUACGAGUAUGUUUCUAAUGGAGCUGUAGCUGAUCAUCUUCAUGGUAAUCAAGCAAAAGAUGGAAAACUCUCUUGGCAUAUUAGAAUGAAUAUUGCUGUGGAGACGGCAAGUGCAUUGAGAUAUCUUCAUAUUUCUGACAUCAUUCACAGAGAUAUAAAAACCAAUAAUAUUCUUCUUGACACCAAUUUUCGUGUCAAAGUAGCAGAUUUUGGACUCUCGCGCCUUUUUCCAAUUGAUCAUAGUCACGUUUCAACAGCUCCACUAGGAACUGCGGGUUAUGUAGAUCCCGAGUACAAUCAGUUCUAUCAGCUUACUCAUAAAAGCGAUGUCUACAGCUUCGGAGUAGUGAUGAUCGAGUUGAUAUCAUCUUUGCCUGCUGUGGAUAUGACAAGGCAUAGGGAUGAUAUCAAUCUGUCCACCAUGGCUAUGAACAAAAUUCAAAAUCAAGCUUUGCAUGAGCUUGUGGAUCCUACCCUCGGUUAUGACUCAGAUUCCAAGGUAAAGGAAAUGAUAAAUGACGUGGCUGAGUUAGCAUUUCGGUGUCUACAAAGUUCCAAAGAUAUGAGACCAUGCAUGGAUGAAGUCUUGAAAACUUUGCAAGAUAUUCAGGGUGCUGGUGCGAAUGAAAGCCAACGUGAAACAGCAAACAUUUCAAACUCUCAUCACGACGUUGUGUUGUGCAAUUAUGAUCCACGCCCAAUAUCACCUGAUUCAAAUGAUGUGAGCUAUUAUACAGCACCAAGUGCUAGUGGAUAGAGUAUUAGAAACAGUAAUUAAAUAGUUUAGUUAAUUUUUAACUACAACCAGUUAAUUAAAAAAAUUGUUACUUUAAAGAAGUUGCGAUUUUGCUAACUGUACAAAUAAUAGGGAAAUGAGAAUUGAACGAUGUUGUUUUCUCUCAAUUUUGCUUAUGCAUGUUAUGGUAUCAGUCGUAUUUCUUAUAUCCGAAACGUUUAA